UGAAAUUGUCUGCUUCCUAAUUUCCUAUGCCCUCAAACGUAUUUACGCACUUCAGCUAACCUGAAAUUCUCUCCCAGAAAUCAAUUAAACUAACAAACAAUUCAAAUCCUACAAAGAAAUCGUUUACGCGAAUUCCCCAAAAUUAUCAACGAUCAAUUCCGCAAGAAUGUUGAAGCUUGCGGGCAACAGAGUUCUAGGGCUGGCGCCGCGAGUUGCGGCGGCGGCGGGGCUGCCGCGGCUCUACCACGAGAGAGUGGUGGACCACUACAACAACCCCCGCAAUGUCGGAUCCUUCGACAAGAACGACCCCACCGUCGGCACUGGGUUGGUCGGCGCUCCGGCCUGCGGCGACGUGAUGAAGCUUCAGAUUAAGGUCGAUGAUGAGAGUGGGAAGAUCGUUGACGCCUGCUUCAAGACCUUCGGCUGUGGUUCCGCCAUCGCCUCCUCCUCCGUAGCAACAGAGUGGGUGAAGGGGAAACAGAUGGAGGAGGUUCUAACCAUCAAGAAUACGGAAAUUGCGAAGCAUCUCUCCCUCCCUCCCGUUAAGCUCCACUGUAGCAUGCUGGCAGAGGAUGCAAUAAAGGCGGCGGUGAAGGAUUAUGAGGCGAAGCGAGCAAAAUUAUCUCCAACAGAACAAGCAGUGGCACUGGAGAAAGCUGCCGAGUUUGCCUGAAUAAAGGACAUAGUGUAAAUAUUUAUGUGAACCAUAAACCAUUGUUUUCUGUUUUUUGAUUUGUGUUGGGUUGUGCAUGUAAAAUGGAUGGAUGUUUUAAUUUGUUGUUCCAAAAUGUGAAAAUUUUGUGCACAAAUCCAGUGUUAUUAAUCUGUGAUGAGAUUGAUUAAUUUACGUUAAACAAUUAGCAUGAAAACUUGUGAUGCA